UCCUCUGGUAUGGACAGAUAUCUCUGUGCUGUUUAUAUCCUUCCGCUGGAUCAACUGCUCAAAUACUCAAUUUAAGCAAAUUACACUCAGGACACAGACGAUCAUGAGCAGCGCCCUGGGACACUUUACUAAAGGAGCUUCCUGGGAGGAACUCGUUCAGGCAAGCAUCCAGUCAUUUGAUGACGAUGGGAAUCUUUGCCACAGCAACCAUCUUUUGAACAUCACCCUCACCAUGCACAGAUUACUACUGUCCUCCAAAGAGCUGCUGGACAAGCUGAUUAGACUCUAUAAAAAUACACUGGAGGAUGAAAAGUCUGCAGCGUGCCUGAAAAUAUGCUAUUUCAUUCGGUAUUGGAUAAGUGAGUUCUGGACUAUGUUCCAGUUGCACAGCAGUCUGGAAGAAACUCUGGAGCAGUUUAAGGAGCUUAUGAGGGAAAAUGGUCAAGAGAAUCUCUGCUCUUUGCUGCAAACCAAGUGGUUGGGUGACAGAGUGUGUUCUCACAAAGCCAGUCAGAAAAUCAAGGUAAGAAGCAGCAGGAAGAGGAAAGUGUCAUUGCUCUUCGAUCAUUUGGAGCCAGUGGAGUUAGCUGAACAUCUCACCUACUUGGAGUUCAAAUCUUUCUGCAGGAUAUCUUUUGCAGAUUAUCAGAAAUAUAUCCGAAAUGAGAGCUUGUCAGAGAACCCCACCAUGGAACGUUCCAUUGCUCUGUGCAAUGGUAUCUCCCAGUGGGUUCAGCUAAUGGUGCUCAGUCGACCGACCCCUCAGCUCCGAGCCGAGGUUUUCACCAAGUUCAUCUAUGUAGCUCAGAACCUCCAGCAGAUGCAGAACUUCAACUCUCUUAUGGCUGUAGUGGGAGGUCUCUGUCACACAUCUAUUUCCCGACUGAAAGACACGUGUACGCAUGUGCCAAACGAAACCACCAAGGUUCUGAAUGAAAUGACCGAUCUGCUCUCAUCAUCACGCAACUACGAAAAUUACAGACUAACAUAUAGCAAAUCCACUGGUUUCAAGAUUCCGAUCUUGGGGGUGCAUCUGAAGGAUUUGAUCACCGUGAAUGAAGCCAUGACUGACUACCUAGACAAUGACAAGAUCAAUGUGCAGAAGCUUCAGGCUCUCUACAACCACAUAAACGAACUCAUCCAACUGCAGCAGAAUCCACCACUCCUAGACGCAAACAAAGACCUAGUGCACUUACUGACCCUGUCUCUUGACCUGUACUACACCGAGGAUGAAAUCUAUGAGCUGUCCUACGCAAGAGAGCCGAGGAACCACAGAGCACCUCCGGUGACUCCUUACAGACCUCCUGUGGUGGUGGACUGGGCUUCAGGUGUUGCUCCCAAGCCAGACCCCAAAACCAUCAGCAAGCACGUUCAGAGAAUGGUCGACUCUGUUUUUAUGAAUUAUGACCAUGACGAAAAGGGCUUCAUCUCCCAUGAAGAUUUUGAGAAAAUUGCUGCGAGUUUUCCAUUCUCAUUCUGUGUUACAGACAAAGACAAAGACGGACUCAUCAGCAGAGAUGAGAUCACAGCAUAUUUCAUGAGAGCCAGCGUCAUCUGUUCGAAACUCGGCCUAGGCUUCUCUCACAACUUCCAAGAAACCACAUACAUGAGGCCUACCUUCUGUGACAACUGCUCAGGAUUUUUGUGGGGUGUCAUUAAACAAGGCUACAGAUGCAGAGACUGUGGAAUGAAUUGCCAUAAAUCCUGUAAGGAUCAGGUAGCAUUUGAGUGUAAAAAGAACGCCAAACCCAGCAGCAACGCAGACCUGAGUCCACCUUCUAAUACGCCAGAUACCUCCACACGUGGUCAUGAUGGGUCUGAAGAAACUCGAUUCGUAUAUCCACCAGAUGCUCUAGCAGAUAAUUCUGAGCGCCAUAAACAGUUCAGCCCGAGGACCACAACGGUGCACAAAAGUACUCAGACAGAAGGAACACCAUCAACCAGCCAAAUGCAGACAUCACUGCUGUGUCCUAGUGGUCCACCCCUCACACCAUGUCCGAGCCCUGUUCCUCAGCGCAAACGAGUCUGUGCCAACAAAACUCCCAACACACUCAACCCUGCUGAGGAGAACAAACCCAGCUAUGAUGCUCUGGAGAAGGAGAUCCAGUCUAUACAGAAGAGUAACGAGAGGCUCCAGAGAAAGCUCAAAGAAGCCGAACGUGAGGUGGAGAUCCUAAAAACCCUCUUGAAACGGCAUGCUCUCCGUCCAGCGGAGGAGGAUUCCUCAUCAUCCUCUUGAGCUUGUAAACCUUAUUUGUUAGAAUUCAACAUACAGCACAGUCCUGGACUAGCGAUCCACAUUACCCUGAUAUAUUUACGAUGAUCAUGAUCCACUAGAACUCAGAGCCAUAAAUCCAUUAACCCAUUCAGGUUGAACUAAUUUGAGUCUGUACAGUCAAUCUACUAUUCUUAACUGUUAUUAAUCAUUAUACAUGUAGGGUGUGUAAUAUCCGGGGCAUUUCUGCGCUGUUCUGCUGUUUUGUUCCCCAACACACUCUUCCUGACAGUAUAACAACUUGGAUAUCUGUGAAAAGAAAGCAUUAGUGUUCUCAGUGUGUUUAAUUAGCUGAUAUGUAACAGAAGGACAGCUGGCAGGUUAGUAACACACUAUUUCAGUCUCAUCUACUUACUUGCUUCAUAGUUAGCACUCAUUUUAUUUAUCCAUGACCUUUUAGGUGCUAACAGCCUUAACAAGAUAGAACAGUGAAAAACAUUUUACUUAACGAACUCGAUAACUAAACUCAUAAUAAAACUCAUCUCGCAUAAUUAUUCACCCCCUUUGAAUAUUUUGAGUUACAUCCAGGAACAAGAAAUGGGUUUAACUGGAGCUCAGCUUUUGUUCAGGAUCCAGGUUAUGGUGGUUCUGGGAACAUUUUCUCCUAUCUGAGCUGUGGAUCUCUCCAAAGUUACCACUGGCUUCUUAGUUGCUUCUCUGACUAUUCGAUCCAAUUUUAAUUGUAUAGCACUAUUAACAGUGGAUAUUGUUUUAAAGCAGCUUGACAGAAAUAUAAAAAUUCAGAUUUUGCAAUUUUAUUUAUACUUAAUGAGCAAGCCAUAGACAACAGUGGCAAGGAAAUCUCCCUGAGGAAGAAAACUUGAGAGGACUUAAGUGAACCUCAUCCUCAUCUGGGUGACACAAAAGAGUGUGAUUAAAUAAUGUCCUGUCUAUAACUGUAUAUAGUCAAGUGAAGUUGUGUAACCAGGAGCUCUUGAGCAAUAUAUGAGCAUCAGCAUAAGUUCUUUCCUGCCAAAGCCAUCAAAUGUCUAAUCCCAUCUUUACCUGGUCACUUACUUUUGGUCAGUUUUGGAAUACUUUUCCCCCGCAAACUUGGUCUUAGGUUUUCAUGGCGAUGCUUAUGUACACUAACAAACUCUAGUUUCUUUAUCCUGAAACCACACAGCACUUGAACUGCACACAGAUGCACUCCAUUUGACUAAUUAUGUGACUGUUGACCUGACCAGAACUAAUUUGGACUUCGUCGCACAGCAAUGGAGAGGUGACCGUGUGCGCAACUGGUUUUUAGAUGCAAAUCAUUUUGCAUUUAAAGAUACAGAUUUCUUUCUUUUCUGUAGUGUUAAUCCAUGAUAUAUAAUCCGAAUUAAAAUCCUUCCU